UAAUUUAUAAUUUUGUAUACGGGGAUUUUUUUUUACAAAUUUUGUUAAAUUUUUUGUCUUUAAGCGGCAGAGUGGAAUUCUUAAAUCCCACGUAACCAUAAUAUUAAAAAUAUAUAUAAAAUAUUAAAAUUAAGUUAUAAGUAACUUUCUCUAAUCCAGGAAGUAUGGCUGAAGAUUCAAAAACAGUAUCAUUAACAGACAAUAGCCUAGUUGUAGACAUUUCUGAUGCUUUAAGCGAGAAGGAUAAAGUGAAAUUUACAGUUCAUACCCGAACCACUAUGAAAAAUUUUCAGAAACCUGAGUUUCUUGUAGUGAGGCAACACGAAGAGUUUAUCUGGUUGCAUGACCGGUAUGAGGAAAACUCAAAAUAUGCUGGAUAUAUUAUACCACCUCCUCCUCCCCGUCCAAACUUUGAUGCUUCUAGAGAAAAACUACAGCGCCUAGGUGAAGGUGAAGGAACAAUGACAAAAGAGGAAUUCACCAAAAUGAAGCAAGAACUGGAAGCUGAAUAUUUGGCAACUUUUAAAAAGACGGUAGCCAUGCACGAAGUUUUCCUAACGCGACUGGCCUGUCACUCAAUAUUCCGAGAAGAUGAACAUCUCCAUGUCUUCCUGGAGUACGACCAGGAUUUGUGCGCCCGUCCCAAAGGAAAACUACAGCAGCUCGGGGUUUUGGUCAAAUCCCUAGGCAGUACCACUGAUCAAUAUUACUUAAAUGCCACAGUUAGGGAUGUUAAUGACUUUUUUGAGCAGCAAAUGGGUUCACUUACUGAUUACCAUGCUCAAUUGAAAGAGGCUACUUCGAGAGCAGAUAAGAUGACAGAAAAACAUAAAGAAUUAGCAGACAGCUAUAUAAAAAUAUCUUCAGGCUUACUACAAUUGGCUAAUAGUGAUACUAGCCAUUUGGAGAAAUUCUUUGCCAGGGUUUCAGACUUUUAUGAAAAAUCCAGGAAAAUUGAAAGCAGAGUAGCCAGUGAUCAAGAUCUUAAACUAGCAGAUACUCUUCGCUAUUAUAUGCGCGAUAGUCAGGCAGCCAAGGCUCUACUUGUAAGGCGACUGAAGUGUCUCGUGUUGUAUGAAAAUGCCAAUAAAGCCCUUGAAAAGGCUAGACAGAAGAAUAAAGACAUUCAUGCGGCUCCUGAGGUUCAAGAGGCCGAACAAGCUCAAUCUGUCGCUUGUGAGCAAUUUGAGGCUAUUUCAGCUCAAGCAAAAGAAGAACUUUUGGAUUUUAAAACCAGGCGGCUACAUGCUUUAAGAAAAAGUUUGAUCGAGCUUGCGGAACUAGAAGUGAAACACGCCCGCACCCAACAAGAUCUGCUUAAGAAGUCCAUACAAGGCUUAAAAGAAUUACUUUAAGUAAGAAUGUGAUACGUUUUUUAUGUUAUUUUUUACUAUGAAUAUGUAUUGGUAUUUUGUUAUGUAUCUACUUUAUUUUAUAGAAAUUUAUAUUUUAGGUUAAAACAUUCCUAGAACUGUUUACGUUAUUAUAUUUACUAUUUACAAAGUAUAUUAAACAGAGAGCCUCUCAUUGGGGCGAAUUUAUCAUUGAAAUUGCAUUUCCGAAAUGAAAAAUAAAUAUGUGUUCAAAAUA